AUGAACUCGACCCACAACGGCUACCAACAGGUCGACGAGGAUUUUGUCAUCGAGCUUCACGAUUAUGUAUCAUUUCAUAGAAUGAACGUUUUCUUCGGUGCUGUAUGUUUCGCGCUCAACGUCGUUUUAUUUUCGGUGUUUCUUUCCUCACCAACAAUGAGAAAGAAACAUAGAAAUCGGAUUUUGAUGAUUCUUGCCCUAGCUGACACUUCAAACACGUUGGCAAUAUUUUUCAUGGGUAAAAAUCGAGUGGAACUUUACACAGAAAUCAUCCACACUCAUGAGAUUCCGAUUCGGACGGCUUGGCAAUGCGCACUUGAACCAUGGCUAAUUUUAAGAGGCAUAGGCGAUAUAUGGCCUCCAAUAAUUCAAAUGGUAAUUGGAAUUCAACGAAGUCUAGCCGUUUUCACGCCAAUCUGGUUCCACAAACAUGGGAAAAAUCGAUCGACUUUUCUAAUUUGUUCCACAUUAUGUAUACUAUUACCCACACUUCUCAUUGGAUUUAUAAUAGCGUACAUGAAUAGAAAGAAGCAGGUCAUUUACUAUUGUGGAAGAAAAGCAGCUUUUGGGAAAGAUUAUGCCACAUUCAUCUACAUUAUCAACAUUUUCGGAUAUUUGUUCAGUUUUGCGAUUAAUUGCAUAACCAUGAUCAAGGCUAGCUCAACGAUCAACAAGCUUGUUCGACGUCAGAUUUAUAAGGUCCGAUACAGUCUUGUUAUCUCAUUUCUAUCAUUCAUCCUUGUUUCGAUACCCAAUGCAAUUUCCUUGUUUUCUGUUCAUUUUAAAGAGGUGAACAGCUUUAUCGCCAAACCAUCGACGUAUUUCACAUGUGUCAACUCAGGAAUCAAUAUAUUUGUGUACAUCGCGCUGAACACCGAAUUCCGGCACCAAUUUAAAUACCUUUUUUGCAAUAAGAAGCACGUUGUAACUCACAGCGAAUUCGAGCGAUCGAAAUCAAAGUCGAGAUCGCGGUCGAAGAGUCGAAUCGACGGUAGUUUAAUUGUUGCAUUGUGA